UGGCUGGAGCGCCACAAAAACAACAGCUUUGGCCAAGGCCGGGACUUCAGGACAGGGAACCCAGGGUCCUAGCUGCGGCCUCCACCCCAUGGAGGAGAGUUUUCUCGAAUCCUUUGGGAGGCUGAGCCUCCAGCAGUCGCAGACUGGGCCGCCAGCCCCGCCGCCCCCGCGCGGGACACCCCCGCGCCGCCACAGCUUUAGGAAACACCUCUACCUCCUGCGAGGCCUCCCGGGCUCGGGGAAAACCACGCUGGCCAGACAACUGCAACAUGACUUUCCCAGAGCCCUGAUUUUCAGCACGGAUGACUUUUUCUUCAGGGAAGAUGGUGCCUAUGAGUUCAAUCCAGAUUUCCUAGAGGAGGCUCAUGAAUGGAACCAGAAAAGAGCAAGAAAAGCAAUGAGGAAUGGCAUAUCCCCCAUAAUUAUUGAUAAUACCAACCUCCACGCCUGGGAAAUGAAGCCCUAUGCAGUCAUGGCACUUGAAAAUAACUAUGAAGUUAUAUUCCGAGAACCUGAGACUCGCUGGAAAUUCAACGUGCAAGAGUUAGCCAGAAGAAACAUUCAUGGAGUCCCAAGAGAAAAAAUACACCGAAUGAAAGAACGGUAUGAGCAUGGUGUUACCUUUCAUAGUGUGCUUCACGCAGAAAAACCAAGCAGAGUGAACAGAAGCCAGGACAGGAGCGGUGCAUCGCCUUCCAAUGGGGCAGGAUACUGGAAUACCUACGCCGAGUUUCCAAACCGGAGGGCUCCUGGGGGCUUCACACGUGAGAGCUCCUUUAACAGAAGGGGGGGUUGUCACCAUGGAUAUUAGAGGCUGAUCUUACAGGCAUUCAGGAUUUUCCUAAAUUAGCUUUUUCUUCAAUUUUUGGUAUUUAUUCUUUGUUCAGUUUAGUUAGAGCUCUAAUUCUAGUGUAAAUAGUCGAACCUAAAUGUUUUUGAGAAGUCAUCAUGUUCAUCUUCAACAGGCAUUUGUUCAAGUGAUCCUCUUUGCAUGGUCUGAUGCCAGGAGUUCUGCAGGUUCAGUUAAACCAAGUCACUCCCUCUAGGGAAAAAAUUAAUUUGAAGCUGAAACCUGAGAAACAUACCCAAGAAUGUAAUCAGUUGCAUAGGUUCAUAAAUAAAAUAAAAUGUUUAUAGUAUAUAUAAGCUUCAGUACCACUUUCUCUGAAGUAAUCUAUUUUUUCAGGAAUUCAUCUCCAUUAGGAAAGUUGGAAAGGUGGGAGAAGUGAGAGGCAGGAAAAGUUUUAAUGCCAUUGCUAGUUUUUAAACUUAUGUAUCCAAAAAUGUGAGAUGUGUGGCUGUAAUGAUGAUAUUGAUUUUCCUUUAAAAUGAAUAUGAUAAAAAGUAUACAUCUAAGGGAAUACUGUCCUUCAAAGUAGACACUUUGGGAAAUUAUUCCUUUAUUCUAGUAACAUAUCAUUGUUAAAAAUGUCUGUUGAAUCCUUCUUAAUAGCUAUACAAGCUACUGAGGAAAAUCGGUGUCAUUAUUUAAAGUCACUAUUUAUAGUUUCAUGUUUUAACUAUUACUCUAUUGAACAGGAUUAAACCUGAACUAACUUUUGGCUGUUGUAUUAAUAGUAUAAAUGAAACAAGCCUCCUUUCUAAAACAUCAAUUUUUAAGAUUAAUCAUUAAGCAACUUAAAAAAUUUUGCUUAUAAAUGCAAUUAGUUGGCAGCCCCAGUGUUUGGGAGUAUAAGGAAUUAAGCAUCCCAGGUCAUAGGUCAUAGAGGGAUUUGUGAAAGUCGUGCUCACUGUCAGAUGAGCAGUCUUGGUGUUUUAUGUGACAUUAUUUAAGACAGUGAAGUUCUACCACAACUCUGGAAUGUCCCUCAUACCAAUACUGAAUUUGUGAAUCCAAAUUAAAUCUGAACAGGCUGAAAUCAGAUUAAUUUUGUGUGAGACCCUGAUAGAUAAGACCAUGUAGGAUGUGUGCUUUAUUUCUUGUGGGCCAACAGCUUCUCGCUAAUGUUCUGUGAAGUAUUAAGUGUCUUAUAUAAUGGUGCUUUUAUGGUUAUUAAAAAUUACAGUAUAUGAUAUUGCUUUAUAUGGAUUUGUCAUUGAAUCUAAGCCUUUUUUGUUCAACAAUAUAAAAAAUUGCCUAAAUUCUACAGAAUUCUAUCAUAUUCAGAGCCAAUUUUUCUAUAUCAUAAACUUAUUUACCAAUCUUCUUUAAUAAAUAGGAUAUAAAAGACAAAAUUAACCUUAUUUUUUACUUGCUUACAUAAAUUAUUUUAUCUAUGCACUUUCAAAAGACUAUUUUACUUUGACAUUCUAUUAUCUGAUUCUACUGAAAUCUACUCAACACCUUGAUGACUACCAGCAGUGCAUCUGUAAUUUUUCAUUAACAUUUAAAAAAUUUGUAUCUCCUUAGAGUAACAAAGUUUGGCUGAUAGAACAAAAAUUUAGUGAAUUUGAGUAAAUCUAAGAUAUUAUUAUAGUUUUGCUAAGUUUUAUGUCCGAGCAUGACCCACAAUAAUCCUCUAAUAAUCAUGAUAAUCCACAUAAUACUGCUGUCCAGGCCCAGGUAAUCCUGAGUAUCCUAGUCAAUGUGAUUAUUGCAGAAUUCACUCAAUCAGGAAAGCCUGACUCAUUUAGGUUAGUAGAGGGGAAGAGUGUCAGAGAGCCCAAACUGGAAAUACCUUCCUUUGAUUCCAAGGAAUCCAAAGGGGUCACAUUCAAGCCCUCUUGAUUUAUGUCUGGCUCUCUGCUUAGGGACUUUUGGGCCACUGGGACUGAGUGACCACUAUGGAGAAGUGGCCUCAGGUUAUAGAUCCAGAGCUUUUACAGAGCCCAGAAGAAUAGUUUCCUGGUUUAUUUGCCUAUUUUCCCCCAUACGAUAUCUAAAAUACUUGGUGUGGAAGUAUAAAAAUAACUGGUUAAAUGCUGUCAACUUUAUCUAUCCCAGCUAGAAGUGAUCUAUUUUUUUAUUUCUCUGAUUUUAUACUUUUUCAAACCCUCAAUGUUGACACGUACUAUUUCGUGUGUUCACAUUUGCAUUAUUCAGUGCUUUACAUGCACACGAGGCUGAGUGCUGAAUAGGUAACACAAAUUGCUUUUACCAUUUAUCCCCUAUGCAGUGUACACUGUUGACUUUGUAAUCAUUAAAUUGUCACUUUUUGGGGGAUAAUACCCACAUA